AUGGAUCGAGAGCAAGAGGAAAUGCAAUUCCUUGGUUUGCUUGGCAUCAUCAAGGAAUCCAUCAAGAUCAUAUUCACAUGGAGGAAGAUCUUCAGCCAAAUCACACUCGCCCUCAUCCUCCCUCUCUCCUUCAUCUUCUUAGCUCACAUCGAGAUCUCCAACUUGCUCUUCGGAAAGAUCCACCACGAUGAGGGCGAACUCGACCGCACCAAAGCCGACACCUCCAGACACAAUAAGCUCAGUGACCGCCUGACCUCGGACAGAAUUGAGCUCUGGUUCUUUAGGGCGGUCUACUUCAUCCUGUAUCUCAUCUUCUCUCUUCUUUCCACGGCCGCCGUCGUGUACACGAUCGCAUGCGUGUACACCUCGAAACCGAUCACUUUUGGGAGAGUGAUGAGUGUCGUCCCGAAGGUGUGGAAGAGGCUCAUGAUCACAUUCUUAUGGAGUUUUCUCGCUGUCUUCGUCUACAACCUCGUGACUUUUCCAGUCUUCUACCUCUUGUUUUCUCUUUUCGACUCUGCCGCCAUCACAAUAGCCCUAUUCUUCAUCCUCCUCAUCUUAUACCUCUCUGGGUUUGUGUAUAUCUCUGUAAUUUGGCACUUGGCUGGUGUGAUCUCAGUCCUAGAGGACAUCUAUGGUAUUCAGGCAAUGUUCAAGAGCAAGGACCUGAUCAAGGGUAAGCUCGGGGUGUCGAUAGCUAUCAUCCUCUGGCUAAUGAUUGGGUCCACGGCAAUCCAAACGAUGUUCAACGUCUUUGUGGCCUUCGGAUCCGGAUCAGGGUUUGUGAGGUUAGGGUUUGCGGUCCUUUGUUUCUUGCUCCUGUUCAAGCUGUUCCUCUUCAGCCUCGUCGUGCAGACCGUGAUUUACUUCGUGUGCAAGUCAUACCACCAUGAGAACAUCGACAAGUCGGCGCUCGCGGAUCAUCUCGAGGUUUAUCUCUUGGCUGAAUACAUCCCUCUCAAAUCCCAGGACCUACAGCUAGAACGGAUAGACGUAUGA